UAAACGACUUGUUACAAGCUGUGAUGACGAUGAAUGUGACUUGUCAGUAAAAAAAUAAACUUGUAUUACUACGUUGCACUAAAGUGAUACAAUAUAUGCAUUAAUGUACAUAUUAAUAUUGUGCAUUAAUGUACAUAUUAAUAUUGUGCAAUAAAAUAUAGAAGUACAUAUAUACAUGUAUAUAUAAAAUGUGAGAAUAUAUCGGGUCAUCUUUUGCUCGAAGUUCCAAAGGUCGUUCUAAUUUGCCACACAUGAUUUAUGAAAUGUAUGAGUUCUACUACUUUUAAAAGUUUAAAGUCAAUACAAAUAACAAUAGCAAUGUUGUGCUCAAGAUUACUCGCAAAUGUCAAUAAUGUAUCUAGAGGUGCCAGCCGUCACAUUGCCUCCCUUUCAGUGUUGCCAGAUACGCAUCAGAUGUUGUACAAAACAUGCAGGGACUUUGCAGAAAAUGAAUUGAAACCCAUUGCGGCAAAAAUUGACAAGAAACAUCUGUUUCCAAAGGAACAGAUCAAGAAAAUGGGAGAUCUGGGCCUCAUGGGCUUGUGCAUUCCCGAAGCAUUAGGUGGCACAGGACUGGAUACCCUGGCCUAUGCUAUAGCUAUGGAAGAAAUCUCAAGAGGUUGCGCAGCUGCUGGAGUUAUAAUGAGCGUGCAGAACUCCCUCUAUCUGGGUCCUAUAAACAAAUUUGGCACUGACAAGCAAAAAGAAAAGUAUAUUACUCCCUUUGUAACUGGGGAAAAGAUCGGAUGCUUUGCGCUGAGCGAACCAGGCAAUGGAUCUGAUGCUGGUGCUGCGUCUACUACUGCCAAAGCAAGUGGAAACGCUUAUACAAUUAAUGGCACUAAAUCAUGGAUAACAAAUGCUUACGAAGCCAAGGCGAUAAUUCUCUUUGCAACGACCGACAAGUCCAAGAAGCACAAAGGUAUAAGCGCUUUCAUAGUUGAUAGUCCAACGACUGGUCUGAGUGUAGGCAAGAAGGAGGAUAAAUUGGGUAUACGAGGAAGCAGUACUUGCUCCUUGAUCUUUGAAGACUGUCAAGUACCAAGAGAUAACGUUCUAAGCGAACCAGGAAUGGGCUUUAAAAUCGCAAUGAUGACUCUAGACAGCGGCAGAAUAGGAAUCGCCGGACAAGCGUUGGGCAUAGCUCAAGCCUCUCUGGAUUGCGCGAUAGAUUACGCAGCGAAGCGCCAAGCCUUUGGUCAGUCCAUCAUAAAGCUGCAAACGAUUCAGCAAAAAAUUGCCGACAUGGCUCUGAGACUGGAAAGCUCGAGAUUGUUGACGUGGCGGGCAGCUCAGCUCAAGGAUAACGACAAGUCGUACACGAAGGAAGCGGCCAUGGCAAAGCUCUCCGCGUCAGAAACCGCCACGUUUUGCGCUCAUCAGUGUAUACAGAUUUUGGGAGGGAUGGGAUACGUGUCGGACAUGCCAGCGGAACGUCAUUACAGGGACGCGCGUAUCACGGAGAUCUACGAAGGCACAUCGGAAAUCCAGAGGCUCGUGAUCGCCGGGAAUCUUAUCAAAGAAUACAGUCUCUGAAUCAAAAUGA